AUGUCAUUUACAAACACGCAACACCAAAACGGCCUUGUUGAGCGGAUCCUUCAACGGGUGUGCGCGAUGCUCAACGAUCCCACUCAUACUAUCGUGUUAAUGUGUUUGCAGACCUCAUCGUCAUAUAAAACCGAGAAGAUGAUAUCCGAAGAGCUUCAAAUGCCUUUAACCAAAGUGUCUACUGCACUCCAGGCGCUGAAAGAGGAGCGCUUGAUAGAGUCCGACUCGAUGACGGAGCGGCUUGGAGAACGGAGAAAAACGGUCUAUGCCUACUACAUUAAUUACAAAGUAGCAAUCGAAAACAUCGUCUUCAAGUACGCAAAAAUCAUGACGGAACUCAACGAGUCUCGGAAGUUUGGUGAAACACUCUACUUCUGCCCGAAGUGUCAACAACGAUACACCGAAAGUGAAGCUAUCGAAUACACGGACCUGAGCACCGGGAGGCUACUCUGCAUUGAAUGCGAUAUGCCCCUUCAGAACGACACCGAAGACGUCUCGCUCCAAGCGAAUUCGAAACUUCGAGUUGUGUCAGAGCAGUUCAAGGAGCUCAGGGAAAUGUUAGAAAUGCUUCAGUUUGAGUAUCACAGCACACAGGACUACCCAAUAUAUACACGCCCAGUCAAUGAGACCGCGCAAACUGUCUCUCACAAGAGAACGUCGCAUAGUGUUCGGGAAAGGAAUUAUGUUGGAGGCAUUAACGGUGGGUUUGUCACUCGAAUCAGAGACGGUCCCAUGCCUUGGGAAGAUGAUGACUUCGAGCAGCCUGUAGUUCAAUUGUCGCGAACACCAAUGGAGGUGGUGAACUAUGACGACCUCUUUGAGAACACCGUCUUCAUGCAGAACGAAUUUCUUCACCCGGACGAGUCUUUCAACAUCAAAGAAACAUCUUUUGUUCCAAGCUCACUCAGUUCAUCACCAGCUGUUGCUUGCAUUCCAAAGUGCAUUCAUUUUGGAAAGAGAGGAACGAAGAGAACGAUUUCACGCUCCAUCUCUGCGCUCCCGCAACAGUACUAG